CGGGGAGCGCCUGACCAGCGUUCGAAAAGAUGUUUGUUCCCUUCCUAGUUCUCUAAGUAACAAGCGUCUGUCUGACGGGCAAAAACACCGGAACACUGAGCUGACUUUCACGUCCAAGCGCCAUGCCCACGUCGCUGAGCUCGCUGAGCUCGCUCUGCACUUGCGGAUGCUUCUCGGGGUGGACUCGGCUGACCGCGACAACCUCCCGAGCCGUGCCCGAUUGCUCCCCCAGCUGGGGCCCGUCCCCAGAAGUCGAUGAGAUUCCAUCACAUGAUCGGCCACGGGUUGGCAGCUGGGCAUCACCGGUACCUUCAAUGCCAGCGCCGUGGGGGACCUGGGAGAUGGAGAUCAAUGAGGGUCCCAAUUCCUAUGAGAACCGCACCAGUCACAAUUUGGUCCUCAAGCUGGAGGUGCCUGGCACCGACAGCCACCGUGGCCCCAAAGGAGGUCCCAAAAAGGGCCCUAAAGAGCUCAAAAAGCCAAGGAUCAGUGAGACGAGUUUCACAGCUCAGCCUGGGAGGCUUCAAGAGGUUGGGAUUACAAGGACCAAUUCACCUCCAAGCUUCAUGGUGGAGCAAUUGUUAUCCUCGCCUGGCAGCCUCCCACAAGGGCUCACUCAAGAGGAGAGCGACAAGCAGAUGGAAAGGAAUGUGGACAAGGCCUUGCAGAACUUGCCGAAGUCGAUCAACGAGCGUAUUGCGAAAAGCCCACGACGGCUUUUGGUACAACGGAGCCCGCAGGGACAACGCCUGCGGCAAGGGAUUUUGAGAGGUGCCACCAUUGCCUUCAUCACAACGGGCUACGAAGGGAAACGCUUCAUCUAUGAGAAGGCAUACGAGCUGGGCAUUCGCAUUGUCCUCAUCGACAGCCCGACCUCCUGGUGUCAAACUCUGGUGGAAGAGAAAAAGGCCGUCAAGUUCAUUCCAGUGGAUAUGAGCCAAGCAUCUUCUGAGGUGGUGAAGUCUUGCCUCACUGCCUUGGAAGCUUGCGAGAACGACCCGUUGGUGGGCAAGGUGGAUGGUUUAGCGACCUUUGCUGAGCUCUCGGUGCCCUUGACCGCACGCUUGGCGGAGCUGCUGGGCUUGCCAGGGCCACAGCCGGAUGCCACAGACAAGGCGCGCGACAAGGCCGCCACGCGCCGGGCCAUGCGGCAGAACGGGCUGCCCACGCCGCCGGUCUACGAGAUUCGCUGUGAUGCCGAUGUGGAGAAGGCUGCCGAGGUGGUGGGCUUUCCGGCCGUGCUGAAGCCUGUGUCUGGAGCUGCCUCUGUUGGAGUGAAGAAGGUAGAGUCCCUGGAAGAACUUCGGGCCACCUACGAGGCCCGACAUCAAGAGUUGGGCUCACUGGUGGUGUCGAGCGGCAACAUCGUCAAGGAUGAUGGUUCCCAAGGUGGCAAGGCCAUCGGAGCUGCUUCAGUGAUCGGAGCACGCUUUCUGUUGGAGAGUUACUUGGACGGUGACGAGGUGGAUGUUGACGUCAUCAUGUCGGACGGAGAAUGGCAGUUUGCGGCCGUCUCUGACAACGGGCCCACGUUGGAGCCAUACUUCAACGAGACCUGGGCAGUGUCCCCGUCGUUGCUGCCUCGCAAGAAGCAAGUGGAGUUGCGAGAACUGGCUGUGAGUAGUGUCAAGGCGCUGGGCUUUCAAGAGGGCAUCUUCCAUGUGGAGCUCAAAUACACCAGCAACCAUGGCCCACAACUCAUCGAGGUGAAUGCUCGAAUGGGUGGCGGGCCUGUCUACGCCACCAACUUGCGGACUUGGGGCGUAGAUCUCGUGGAAGAGGCUCUUUUUUGUGCGGCUGGUAUCCCUUCAAGGCCUGUGGUACCGAGGUUGCCCAUUGAAUGCAUCGCCAACGCCGAUGUGAAUGCGCUUCGCUCUGGAAGGCUGACGGAUCUGAAUUUCAUGAAGCCGCUCUUCGAUCGUGAAGGUGUCAUCUCGCACAAUUGCCACGUCUCUGUUGGGGAGGAAGUGGUUGGCCCUAUGGACGGCCUUCCCACAUGGUUGGUGGAAGUGGUUGUCUCGAAAGGGACACCACGAGAGGCGUUGGACUUCUUGCUCAGACUGGAGGAAGAGGUUCAGGAGAAUGUGCAAGUCGCCUAGAUCAAGGCCGUGAGAAGCUACAGAAUUAUUUUGAAUAAACACUUGAGAAGCUUCAGAUAGCUGAGCCUCUGCUGAGAUGCUCUUGACUGUCGCAUCAGGACAGUUUUUUUAGGUCAGCGGAGCAGCACAGACGAAGGUCUGGAUUCCCGAAGGCA